CAUUUAUGGGUAGGAGAACCGUCUAUAUAAGAGAGCUGCACUACGUCGUCCGGCGAACAAAACGUUUGGUCCCGCUAAGUGCACGAUAAUCAUAGACAAGACGUAUAAACAACGCAAACAUACAUCAUGAAAUCUUUAACGCUAGUCUUGAUAGUAGGUCUGACCGUCGCGUUGGUGUCAGUCAAUGGCAGUCCAGCCGGUGACAAGAAGAUAGGCACUAGCCACAAGAUGAAGACGACCAGCACGACGACCACGCUGUCGCCAGCCCGUAAAUGCAAGUCCGAGUGCCCAGACGAUUACAACCCGAUUUGUGGAUCCGACGGGGCCAAAGUGAACUUGAGCUUCGGCAACAAGUGCGUCAUGGAGAAAUACAACUGCGAGCACAACACGAAACUCACGAUGAAAAUGGAAACCGAAUGCCCCAACAGCAAAGGCAUCCGUCUUGCUUAACUGCACACACGUCCUAAUCAACUACAGCACUGUGAAAUAUAUAUAAAAAAAAAAUGUUUAUAUAUAAUUUAUAAAUAGGUAUAUAUCGGCAAGCAGCACGUGCAGACAUCGACGAGGAUAAUGUACCGUUUGCAAGAGAAUUCGUCAAUUUAUUGAAUUUUUUUUUCCUCAGCAGAGCCGCCCACACACGUACACCGCACACACACACACACCUACACACACGCGCGAGCGGGUAUAAACCACCUAUCACAUACACACAAACACGUCAUGCUUACGUUAUUUUAAUAUUUUAUUAUCCAUCAAUUUGUAUUAUCACCUACCUAUUGUGUUAUUAUUGUAUUUCUUCGUCAGACUCCUUAUAAAAUUAUAGUAAUAUCUCGUGUACAUGAGGAUCGUACCUACGUAUAUAAUAAUAAUAAUAAUAAUAUAUAAAAUAAUUAUUUUAAC